AUGUUGGCCGUUGGUAUUACGCUUGUGCUUGCUGCUAUUGCGGCUACAGCUAAUGGAAUAACGUUAGAAUACAUCGAGAACGUUCAAGUUGAGACAACGAAAUGUGCCAGCAGUGUGGGUUAUGAGUUGAAUGUACGUGAUAGUAUGUAUAUCAUUCGUUUUUGUUGCACAUAUAAUGGCGGGACGAACCCAUCCAUUGGACCGGCACCUGCUGGCUGUGGCCGUCAAGCUUUUGCUCCAUUACAAUCCCGUAUUGUCGGCGGACAAGAAGCAAAACCACAUUCAUGGCCUUGGCUUGUUUCUCUUCAAUAUCGUGGCAAUCAUUUCUGUGGUGGCACUUUGAUAGAUGCGUAUCACGUCUUGACUGCAGCUCAUUGUCUUCAAGAUCAAUCAUGGUUUAAUUCAGAUUUAACUGUUGUAGCUGGUCUUCAUGCACGAAGCAAAACGAAUGUAGCUGGAGUACAACGUAGACAAAUUUCUAAAAUUGUCAACCACCCUGCUUACAGUGAUCUGACAAACCAAAAUGAUAUUGCCAUCAUACGUUUAGCUUCACCUGUGACACUCAAUAGUUAUGUCAACGUUGCAUGUCUUUCCGGAAAGCAACCUGCUCUCAAUGAUAAUGUUAUGAUUGCUGGUUGGGGCACGACAACAUACGAAGGUAUGUCACCUGACUCUCUUCGUCAAGCUGGUAUUGUUAUUAUGGAUGUAUGCAAACAUGUCUAUCCGCACUAUGAUACAGAUAAGCAAUUAUGUGCUGGUAAUUAUCAAUAUAGUCGAGAUUCCUGUCAAGGUGAUUCGGGCGGUCCACUCAUGUCGGAAGCGAAUGGUCAAUGGACUGUCAGCGGUGUGGUCAGUUUCGGUGACGAAUGCGCUAAAGUGAAUAAACCAGGUGUAUAUGCUCGUGUUAGCUAUUACCUUCCAUGGAUUCAAAACAGCAUUUCAGUCCUAUCAGGAAAAUGA